CCUGUCACAUACGCAGUGGUUUGUUUUGCUUUUGCAAUUGCAAGUUUUAUCGUAAAAUUAAUUCUAAAUGAGGUCUCUUUCAAUAAAUUGUGAAAUUUUAUUGUGAUCAGCUGCUUAAAUUAGUGGCAUCAUGGCUACUAUGGUAAAGGAAAAACGUCGCGAGAAAAAGAAAACUAAACAGAAACAUGAACCCAAACCUGUUUUCAUUGCGGAAUCUACAUCAGCUGCUAAUUUGCCUAUUGUUGAAGAAAUACAAAUCUCCAAAGUUGCUGAGGUAACUUUAGGUGAUGAAUCGAAAAGCACAAGCUCAUUGGAAGAUAAGCUUAACUCGGAAACAGUAAAUGUUAUAGAAAAAGAAAUCAACUUAGACUCUGAUGCGUUUUCUAAAGAAGAAGAAGAAGCCAUACCUCCAGAAACUGGACCCAAAGAGAUUUUAUGUAAAGAAAAAAAUGUUGCCACAGAAGCAAUGCCAUCAGCUCAAUCUGCAAAUGCGCCCGACCAUGCUUAUACUGACUUGAAUUUAAAAUUGGAAAGAAUGUGCAUACCAGUUAACCCAGUUCCAGUAUCCAAAGAAAGGGAAUUUUCAAUGGGGGCAGAAAGUGCUUACUUGGUUAAAGAGGUGACAGAUCAGGUAGUUGUAUCUACAUCUAUAGUUCCAUUAUCUAAUGAAACCCUAAUGGACAAUGCAAGUGCACAUAUAGUUUCUGAAAUGGAAGAUAUAUCACCAUCAGCCCCAACGUUAGAAUAUUCGGAACCACAGGUUUUUUAUCAAGAGGAAGUGAUAGCGCCUGAAGUUCCAAAACUGACGAGUUUACCUCUGGAAGAGGCCAUCAGGGUGUAUGGAGGGGCAGAAAUGGCUGAAGUGAUGGCGAUGAGUGAGAGAGAGGAGGCUAUUGUAGAAGCUGGUGACAUGAGUGGCCCAGAACACCCACUUGUUGAUUUCCUAUCCACAUUCAAGCGUUCCUUGAUAGCAUUAGAACGAGAACGCAUCCAGCUUUCGGUGAGCUUUGCAGAAGAAGAAAAAUAUAGAAAUUCUCUUUGGAAGAUUGAAAAGCAGUACAUAAACCAUUAUGAGAAGUGUAAAUGUGGUGAGGGAAUAUUCUUCAAAGCCACAUAUGAACAUGCCGAGUUCCAGAAAGAUAAGCUGCCGGUGGCUCGCAUGAAGCUGGAAAGUAUAAUGAGGGAUGUCCAGGAUUCGUAUUGUCUUCAUCAGCAUUCAGCUCUGUUGGCACAUUGUCAGAUCGAAGAGUUCAUAUCAGAAGUGGUCGUCCGUAACAAAAGCGAAAUCCGCGAAGCGCUUUCUUUGGUUCUGCAAGCGCUAAAGUUGAGCGACAACGCGCCCGGCGUGUUAUCUAGCGCGCUGAGGCGCUGGGCCGCGGCGCUGGCGGCCGCGCUGGUGGACCGGCGCGACCCGCGGCAGCUGCUGUUCCUGCUGCACCAUCUGUUCAGGUGCGUGCUGCACAGUGAUGUCACUCGCUGCAGUGAGCGACACGCGCUCGGCGUGCUAUCGAGCGCGCUGAGGCGCUGGGCCGCGGCGCUGGCGGCCGCGCUGGUGGACCGGCGCGACCCGCGGCAGCUGCUGUUCCUGCUGCACCAUCUGUUCAGGUGCGUGCUGCACAGUGACGUCACUCGCUGCAGUGAGCGACACGCGCCAGGCGUGCUAUCGAGCGCGCUGAGGCGCUGGGCCGCGGCGCUGGCGGCCGCGCUGGUGGACCGGCGCGACCCGCGGCAGCUGCUGUUCCUGCUGCACCAUCUGUUCAGGUGCGUGCUGCACAGUGACGUCACUCGCUGCAGUGAGCGACACGCGCCAGGCGUGCUAUCGAGCGCGCUGAGGCGCUGGGCCGCGGCGCUGGCGGCCGCGCUGGUGGACCGGCGCGACCCGCGGCAGCUGCUGUUCCUGCUGCACCAUCUGUUCAGGUGCGUGCUGCACAGUGACGUCACUCGCUGCAGUGAGCGACACGCGCCAGGCGUGCUAUCGAGCGCGCUGAGGCGCUGGGCCGCGGCGCUGGCGGCCGCGCUGGUGGACCGGCGCGACCCGCGGCAGCUGCUGUUCCUGCUGCACCAUCUGUUCAGGUGCGUGCUGCACAGUGACGUCACUCGCUGCAGUGAGCGACACGCGCCAGGCGUGCUAUCGAGCGCGCUGAGGCGCUGGGCCGCGGCGCUGGCGGCCGCGCUGGUGGACCGGCGCGACCCGCGGCAGCUGCUGUUCCUGCUGCACCAUCUGUUCAGGUGCGUGCUGCACAGUGACGUCACUCGCUGCAGUGAGCGACACGCGCCAGGCGUGCUAUCGAGCGCGCUGAGGCGCUGGGCCGCGGCGCUGGCGGCCGCGCUGGUGGACCGGCGCGACCCGCGGCAGCUGCUGUUCCUGCUGCACCAUCUGUUCAGGUGCGUGCUGCACAGUGACGUCACUCGCUGCAGUGAGCGACACGCGCCAGGCGUGCUAUCGAGCGCGCUGAGGCGCUGGGCCGCGGCGCUGGCGGCCGCGCUGGUGGACCGGCGCGACCCGCGGCAGCUGCUGUUCCUGCUGCACCAUCUGUUCAGGUGCGUGCUGCACAGUGAUGCGUGCUAUCGAGCGCGCUGA